AUGCGAUACGCUUUGUUGGCCUUCCUUGCCUGUCUCCCGGGAACUGUCUGGGCCCGGGAUGUGCCCGCGAAUGUCAAGUCGUUCUACGAUCGAAUCACCGACGGCAAAUGCACGGGGGGUAAGAUUCUGAAAGACGGCUUCUACGAUGAGAUCCCCGGCUCCAAAAGUAUGUCCUUUCCAAGCUUUCUUCCUCCCGGCCAGGGCAUCCUCUCACAUCCAUCACUUCAAGCUUUUGCCUACUGCCAAGAUGACAAGACUGGAGUGCUCUACCUUCACGGCAAUGGAAACAAGUUCGCCAAUAUGGAUGUCGACUGCGACGGGCUGCAAACCGGCCCGGUUGACGGACGGUGCAAGUCAAGCACCGAUACGCAGUCCGAGACCGCGUUCAAGGAUACCGUCCAGCAGUACUCCAGAGCCGACGGGCAUUUCGUCAAAGACCUGAAUGCCAACUUCAUCCCUUAUGUCGUCUUUGGAAAUUACGGCAAGAAGAAAGGCUACACCACCUUUCACCCCACCGACUACAACGUGCAGCCGCUGAGUGUUAUGGCGGUGGUAUAUGGUAUUUGGGGAGACGAGAAUGGAGACGAUGGCAAGCCGUUGGUGGGCGAAGCAGCCAUUUCGCUGGCCACCCAGUGCUACGGGAAAAAGAUCAAUGGCAACAACGGGCACAGUCAGGCUGACGUGCUGUACAUUGCCUUUCCCGGCGGCGUCAACGAAACGGUCAACAAGAAGGCAGCGUGGUCUACUCAGAAUUACGAGACGUUUGAAAGUUCGAUUAUGGAUCUCGGGAAUCGACUCAUCGAAAAGUUGUCCUGA